AUGUUAGAUUAUAUUGGAUGUUAUCGUGAUGACAAAGAAAAAGGAAGAGACCUUCCAUUCCGUCCUCAAACACGCACACAUAACCGUGGUGAUGCUUUAUCAUGUGUUUUAAACUGUGCUGAGUCGGGUUUUAUAUACGCUGGAUUACAGAAUGGAAAUUUAUGUUUCUGUGGUAAUAAAUAUGGUCGUUAUGGUCGUGUAUCAGAUAAACAUUGUGAUCUAAAAUGUCUUCAACCUAUCGGUGUUCAGAUACAAAGUACAACAGAUGACAUUUUCAACUCUUGCGGAGGAAAAUGGGUCAACUCGGUUUAUUCUGGUAUGGAUAUACAAAGUGAUCUACGUAUACCUUUUUACUAUUCACAAAUCACUGAUUUCAAUCGAGUUGAGAAGGGCAACAAUUUUGUUUUUGUACAUAUUUGAGGAAAGGUGUCACAAUGGCGAGUUCAACCCAGUACAUGUGAUUAUAGAUAUUUUAAAAAUUACAUUUUUGCUUUAAUUUUGAGCUACUCGAUAGAAUUUAAUCAAUUCAUUUCUUUGAAUAUUUUAUGCUUACUGUUAUAAACAUGCUGUUCAAAAGCAUUUUCACGUAACAUCUUUUUGUUUUUAGUUCGUGGUAUUCAGUAUCAAGAAGCCAAAGAUGAUUAG